GUCUCGCGCCGGGUAAAAGCGAUUUGACAGUUGCAGGUCUCGAGCUGCUCCUCCAGUUGACUUCCUCAGUGGGACAGAGACCAUGGCGGCGGCUGCUGCCUGCGGUCAGCACGGUGCCACAAUAACGGCCCCUGUGAGCGCCAGGAGGACAUAUACUAACAGGGAGCACAGCCGGAGGAACCGAGAGAACUCCCGUCGGAGACAAGCCGCUCUUUUGUUCCUUAGUAACAUCUCUCUGGACGGACGACCAGUCCAGAGCAACUCAGCGGAGUAUGGAAGCCACCAGCAGCGGGAGAGCGACUUGGAGGAAGCUCCCUCCGGCGCUGCGGCGGCUGCGUCGUCAGCGGCUGCGUUGUGUCCAGAAAUGAGUAACAACAGCAGCUACGGGACGGGCUCCAGCGUCUCCGCGUCCGUCAGCUGUGGGAACGUCAACUCGUCGGCGCCGCGGACCGCUCUGCUCAGCGUGCCGCCAAUCCUCGUCCUUCCGUCGGACGCGGACUUUAGCGACGCGGGGAGCGCGGAGGUGCUGCUGGAGUGCCGCAGAGGCUCGUUCCCUUCCCCGGGGAACACUAACCUCCUCUCGCCGUCCCCGUCCAACGCCAGCCUGCUGCCGUCGCCGCUGGGACCGCGGAAGUCUUCCACACUGCUGUCGGUGCAGAGCUGCAACUCGGUGUCCUCCGAGCCGAGACAAAGGAGUCGAAAUCUCUCUGGUGGUUCUCCCAGACCUCGACACACCAAGAAGAUCCACUUCAUUAAAAACAUGAAGCAGUAUGACACGAGAGGCAGCAGGAUCGUGCUCAUCUGUGCUAAGAGGUCUCUGUGUGCUGCCUUCUCCGUCCUGCCAUAUGGAGAGAGCUUCUACCUGAGUGACCCUACAUUAAACCACCCCAGAAGGAGACACUCAUCAGGAAACAUCUCCACCACCCUGGAGAUGCUCCCAGGACUUGAGGGUUUCCACCUGGACACCUAUGGCAGAUCUGUGUCCUACGCCCAGUUCCUGUAUCCCACCAAUGCUCUGGUGAGACAGAAGCCGUCGUCAACCAGCGACCUGACGCUGCAGAUCCCCGUGUCCAGGAGCGCACAUAAUAUGCCGGGCAGGAGUUAUCCAGGCAACAGGCUGAACAGCGCUGUGGGACUGGACCUGGGUGUGGACGAUGUGACAGACUAUGACCCUAAUCUGCUCAGUGACCCCCAGUGGCCGUGUGGGAAACACAAGCGGGUGCUCAUUUUUGCUUCCUACAUGACAACGGUCAUUGAGUACGUCAAGCCUUCUGAUCUGAAAAAGGACAUGAACGAGACGUUCAAAGACAAGUAUCCGCACAUAAAACUCACCCUGAGCAAAAUCCGCAGUCUGAAGCGAGAGAUGGGGGUGGUGGGGGAGGACUGUGGCCUGCAACCCGUCACCAUUGCCAUGGCGUUCGUCUACUUCGAGAAGCUGGUGCUUCAGGGUCGGCUCAAUAAACAGAACAGGAAGCUGGUGUCAGCAGCCUGCAUUCUACUGGCCGCCAAGAUCAGCAGUGACCUAAAGAAGCAGGAAGUCAAACACCUCAUUGAUAAGCUAGAGGAGAGGUUCAGGAUCAGCAGGAAAGAGUUGAUAUCAUUUGAGUUCACCAUCCUGGUGGCUCUGGAAAUGGCGCUUUACCUCCCUGAAGGUAAGGUGCUGCCACAUUACAGACGCCUGGUGCAGCAGCAGCAGGUGUAGCAGCUCCUGGUCCUUCUCCUUCCUCCACCCAGCGACUGCUUCCAGCCUCCAGCCCCACACUGUGACAGACUGUAGCACCUCAGCAGGCUGGUUCUGCCUGGCAGCAAUAUCACUUACUGACUCACUGUGAUCAACGGUCCAGCAGCAGCAGCAGCAUGGGAUCAUGCUUUACUUUGUUCACUCGCUAUUUAUUGGUUGAAAUAUUUAUUCUCUGGAGCCAUUCACAGCUCAGCCGUCGUUUACUGUCUAACGUUUCCAUAGGUUACGGUCAAAGCGACUUUUUAGGGACUGUUUCACAGGUUUGGAUCAGUUGUGUGUUUUGUGAGAUUUCUGCACUUUAACAGGUGAGUAACAGAUUGAUUCAAACACCCUAAAGGUUUCCGUUACACCUUAACUUCAAAUAUGGUUCAGUAUAUUUCAGAUCAUCAGCAUCAUAGCUAAAUACGAUGGAGAUGGUGAUGCCUGGUUUUUCAGAUUUGAUGCCUUCAGGGGUUGUUAUUGUUCACACAGUUUAAUGCGGCCUCUUCAUCUUUCUACAUUUAACACUUCCCAUGUUCUAGUGCAGACGUUCUGUUGGAAUUUUCUGUGUGUGUAUGCUGCUAUGGGCUCAACCCAGGUUCUUAUGCUUUAUUGGACUGAACACAAUCAAAUUUCUUGCAUUUGACAAUCAUCUGAUGAAACUUCAAAGCAUCUUCAAUGAGCAGACCUGAGUUUUUAGCAACUGUAACUGCAACACUUUAUUUCUAAAGUGAAAUGAAAAACAAAGGAACUUCAAGUUUCCACUUUAUUCUAAAGGCAUGAACAUUUCACCGAACAGGCAUUUUGUCUACAUUACAGGAGAAAAGUCAAAUUAAAGUGGUGGCAGGUGCAGUGGAUCAGAGCUCCUAUCUCAGACCUGCCUGGUUACAUGUAGGGUAACCACUGUCUUCUAGUUUUUGCAUCACCGUCAUUAGUUUUUAGUUUAUCACUAAGUAACAAGGGUAAAAUAUUUUUCUAUUCAGUCACUGAAAUGUAUCUAUUGCAAAUAAUCUUCCAGAGGAAGAAUCGUGUAUUACUGUGUGUUGGGUUCAGGGGCCAAAGUAUCUGCUAGAAAUCAUCUUGUGUGUUAAGGUGCUUGAUGUUCAUUCAGUUAGAACCAAAGGAGGCAUCAGGUUCAUGAAGCUGAGUCCAGCUUUCAUGAUUCUUCACAUUAAGGAUUCACAUAUUCUCCUUUUUCUUAUGCACUGACACACUUCAGAGCAGAGUUGUAUGUUUGAGCUACAUCCCAGUGGGAUGAAUAUAAAACUCUGCUUGUGAGUGUAAACGACCUUUAGUCGUCUUCUCUACAUUAGAGAUGUUAUUGAUUCUAUGCAGCCUUUACUCAGCAGCUGACCUUGAUGCUCCUCAUGUAUUUGUCAGUCAUGUGCCACAUGAGUUUUACCAGACACUCCUUUUAUUUAGACCAGCACAUAUUUAGCGUUUAGUUGUUUACCAAUAUUUCAUUAGGCAAUACUUUAAGCACAGAACGGCUGCAAGUCUUAAACUAGUCUCAACUAUGGUUUAUGAAAUAUUAUUUUUUUUAUCAACAGCAUUAAGCAUGUGGUGAAAAGUAACAAACUUAAGGACAUGUUUUUGAUGUCUGGAUAGUUAGUAAAAAUGUUGUCACAAAAAUGUCAAUAUUUGUUCUUGGCCCAGUGAAGGUCCAGCAACCACUGAAACAGGUUGGUAGCCACAAAACUAGAUGACAUAAUGAAAUAUAUGAAAUAUUUUGUUCAACAUGCCAAUGUUCAUUUCAUGUGUAUUUUCAUUAAAACGUCCUAAUAUAUACUAGA